AUGAAGAACUGGGGCGUCAUAGGGGGCCUCGCCGCGGCCGCCGCCGCGGGGAUUUACGUGCUCUGGGGGCCCAUGACGGAGCGGAGGCGGCGCAGGAGAGGGCUUGUACCUGGCCUCCUUAACUUAGGAAACACGUGUUUCAUGAACUCCCUGCUGCAAGGUUUGUCUGCGUGUCCGUCCUUCAUCAAGUGGCUGGAGGAAUUUACAGCACAGUACAAGACAGACCAGAGCCAGUCCCCCGAGCAUCAAUAUUUGUCCCUUACUUUGCUGCAUCUUCUAAGAGCUUUAUCUUGCCAAGAGGUAACAGAAGAUGAUGUCCUGGACGCAAGCUGCCUCCUAGAAGUGCUAAGAGUGUACAGGUGGCAGAUCUCCUCAUUUGAAGAGCAGGAUGCUCAUGAACUAUUUCAUGUCCUUACCUCUUCACUAGAAGACGAGCGGGAGCGUCAGCCACGCGUCACGCACUUGUUUGAUGUGCAUUCACUGGAGCAGCCAGAAAUAACCCAAAAGCAAAUAAACUGCAGGACAAGAGGUUCUCUUCCCCCUAUGUCAAAUCACUGGAAGUCUCAGCAUCCUUUUCAUGGAAGGCUGACUAGCAACAUGGUUUGCAAACACUGUGAACACCAGAGUCCUGUGCGGUAUGACACGUUUGACAGCCUCUCACUGAGCAUCCCAGCAGCCAUGUGGGGUCGUCCUAUGACACUGGAUCACUGUCUCCAUCAUUUCAUCUCCUCUGAAUCUGUAAAGGAUGUUGUAUGUGACAAUUGCACUAAAAUUCAGGCAGAAGGCAGUCUGCAUGGACAGAGUAUAGAAAACCAGAGAACAACAUUUGUUAAACAAUUAAAGCUAGGAAAGCUCCCUCAGUGCUUGUGUAUCCACCUGCAAAGACUGAGCUGGUCAAACCAAGGCACUCCCCUCAAACGCCACGAGCACGUUCAGUUCAAUGAGUUCCUGAUCAUGGACAUCUACAAAUACCACAUUCCUGUUCAUAAAUCAAGCCAGAAUGAUCGGAAUCAGAAAAACCCUGAAGAGACAACCUCUGAAACAAAGGAUGGGACAGCAGUAAAACCUUCAGAUGCAGAGCAGCCGUGUAGCACUAAGUCACUCUUUAUGAACGGUGCCUGCUCCCCUUCAUUUUUAAUGUCCCCGGGAACUUUUCCACUUACUGCAUUUCCUGAGUACAGUUCCCCCGUUUACCGUUACCGUCUGAUGGCAGUUGUAGUGCAUCACGGGGACAUGCAUUCGGGACACUUUGUGACUUACCGCCGCUCUCCGCCUUCUCCGAAGAACCCGCUGUCUAUCAGCAACCAGUGGCUGUGGAUUUCGGACGACACCGUGCGCAAGGCUAGUUUGCAGGAAGUCCUUUCUUCCAGCGCCUACCUGCUUUUCUACGAGCGCGUGCACUCGAGGGUGCAGCACCAGAGCUUGGAGCUGAGAGCCGAGGAGUGA